CGAUGCACGCCGGACGGUCCGCCCACUCCACCCUGUUUCGAAUUCCCAACCGCUGCGUCACGCCGCUUGCAGGAGGCCGCAGGAGCCGCGUCACGCCGGGGGCAGGCCGGCCAAUCCGAGAGCGGCGCCUCGCUGCCACCCGCCAAUGGGAGGCGGGCGUCGGGGGAACGGGCGGGACGCCGCCCGGCGCUGGGGAAGGGGAAGGCGAGAGAGCGGUGAGGCGGCGGCCCAAGAUGGCGGCGGGGACGGGCAGCGCGGCGGCCGUGGUAGCGGGGGGCCCGGCCCCGGCGGGGGGCGGCGCCCCGGGCCCCGGCGCGGUGCUGAUCGGGGACCGGCUGUACUCGGGGGUGCUGAUCACGCUGGAGAACUGCCUGCUGCCCGACGACGCGCUGCGCUUCACCCCCUCCAUGGGCAGCGGCCUGGACCCCGAUACCGAGACCCAGCUGCGCGUCACCGGCUGCGAGCUCAUCCAGGCGGCCGGCAUCCUGCUGCGGCUCCCGCAGGUGGCAAUGGCUACAGGGCAGGUGCUGUUUCAACGUUUCUUUUAUACCAAAUCUUUUGUGAAGCAUUCCAUGGAGCAUGUGUCAAUGGCCUGUGUUCAUCUGGCAUCCAAAAUUGAAGAAGCACCGAGGCGCAUAAGAGAUGUAAUUAACGUAUUCCAUCGCCUUCGGCAUCUAAGAGAGAAAAAAAAACCUGUACCUCUACUACUGGAUCAAGAUUAUGUUAAUUUGAAGAACCAAAUCAUAAAGGCAGAGAGAAGAGUUUUAAAGGAGCUGGGGUUCUGUGUUCAUGUAAAGCACCCUCAUAAGAUAAUCGUUAUGUACCUUCAGGUAUUAGAAUGUGAACGUAACCAACACCUGGUCCAGACUUCAUGGAAUUACAUGAAUGACAGUCUGCGAACAGAUGUCUUCGUAAGAUUCCAGCCAGAAAGUAUUGCCUGUGCCUGUAUCUACCUUGCAGCUAGAACACUGGAGAUCCCACUUCCUAAUCGUCCUCACUGGUUUCUACUGUUUGGAGCAACAGAGGAGGAAAUUCAAGGGAUUUGUAUAAAAAUCCUGCAGCUAUAUACUCGGAAAAAGGUUGACUUGUCUUAUCUGGAAAGCAAAGUAGAAAAGAAAAAACUAGCCAUUGAAGAGGCAAAAGCACUAGCUAAAGGUCUGAUACCUGACAGGACUCCCAAUUUGGAGAACACGUCAGGCUUUUCUCCUGUUCCGAAAAAUGAGUCUCCAAAAGAAGGUAAAGGAAAUAAACCUUCCCCACUUGCUGUGCAGGCGAUGAAGAAUGCUAAACGAAAAAUGGACGGAACAAAAAGAAUGAAUUCCAACAGCCCAGUGAAUGGCAUUCAGAAAGGAAGGGAGAGCAGGAGUGGAAGCAGAAGUCGAGAGCAGAGUUAUUCAAGAUCACCAUCUAGAUCAGCAUCUCCUAAGCGCAGAAAAAGUGAAAGCUACUCGACAUCGAGUGGUUCCAAAUCCCACAGCCGCUCCAGGAGUCGCAGUGAUUCUCCCCCAAGACAGUUCAACCAUAGUGCUAGUUACAAAGGUUCUAAAAUGAGGAGUUACAAAAAGUCAAAGGACUACAAAUAUUCGACACACAAGCCGAGGAAGUCCCGCAGCAGGAGCUCCUCACGUUCCCGAAGCCACUCGCGGGAGCGUUCUGAUCAUUCUGGGAAGUACAAGAAAAAAAGUCACUACUACAGAGAGAGACACGAGCGUUCCCGCUCCUAUGAGCGUGCGGGUCAUCGUUACGACCGAGAACACCCUGGCCACAGCAGGCACAGGAGAUGAGCGCUACAAAAGCUUCUCCUGUCCUUGGGGAUUCAGAGUGGAGCCCGGCUUCCCCCAUUUUGCCCUUGUAGCAUAGGGUUAGCCUGAGUCUAAACCACUUAGCAUCAGUAAUCUUUUCUAACCCUGUGCUUGUUAGCAUGAAUCCAAAUACAAAGACACUGAACAGACAUGAUGAUGUGGAAGACUUGAUCUGGUAGAUGGCUUGGUUGUUCUGCUGCUGGAGUGUCUCUUAGGAAACACUGAAGAGCCUCUCUGUUGUAGUGGCUGCUCCUAUGCCUGCUCUUUGGUAAUAGGUAUAUUUGCAUACUGUAGUGCAAUGGUGUUAGUAUAUUUCUGGACUUGGAGUACUGAGAGCACCAAUUUCCUUGCUCAGCAAUUAGAGAAUUCUGCUGAACCAGCCCUUCCUGGUGGAACUAGAAGAAAGCUCAAAUGUUUCAUGAACACCAUUAGUGGCUUGGUGCUAACAAAGCUGUCGUUUCAUACUGACUCAAUUAUGUUGUACAAAUGUAAGGUGAUAUUUCUAGAACUGAUGCCUAUAUUAGGUUACACUUGUGUAUAUAUUUUGCAGUGUUUAACAAUACAAUAUGGGAAUAUGGCCUUAUUAGCCCUUAUACUUUCUUCACCGUGUAAAUAAGCAUUUGUUUAAUACAAGUGAAAGCUAUAUACUGAAAAGUCAAAACUUGAAUUCUAUCAAUUUAAGAUUUGUGUAGAGAAUUCUGAUAAAUGUGAAAGUAUUUAGCUCUGUGUAUUGAAAGUAGUAUAUUUUUAUCCGUGCAAUGCUGUGUGCAGGCCACCAGCUCAUAGAGAAGUUUCAUAUAUAUACAUUUUUAUGUGUUUUGAAUAACUCUAUACUCAGGAUCUUUGACACUCUGAAGAAUUGGUAGUUUGUCAGUCUGCUUGCUUGUUUAAAAACAGAAGGUGUAAAAAAACAGCC